AUUUAGCUGUGUCUCUUGAAACUUAUCCCUAAAAAAAUUUCGUUCUGUAUUUGUUCAAUUAAAAUGCAAGAAACUACCGUAGAGGAUGCAGAUAAAUAUAAAUUGGAUUUUGAAUUAGACAAACAGAUAUGCAGAUGCUGUUUGAGCACAAACAGGCGCAUGGAAGGUGUACAUAAGUACAACACGUAUAUUUACGAUUUAGCAUCCAUAGAGGUAUCGGAGUCAGAUGGUCUCCCUCAGUGGAUCUGCUGGGAGUGCAUAGCUUUAUUAAGCAAAUCAGUAAAGUUCAAAUCUAAAAUUCUCAAAGCUCAUGGUGCGCUUUUUGAGUACUUGAGCAGAUGCGCACCGUUUCCAAUUGAUGCCCGUGAUCAAGAGCUGAGUGAGUAUGCUGGACCUUACUUGGAAAGAUCAUCGGUGCUCACCUUCAAUCACAGCGGCAUAGGUAGAACCGGGUACCAUGAAGAUUUACAGCACGAAAAACUGACAUCACCUUCGGAAAUACAACUGUUUGUCCUACCAAUGCUACCGAUUAAAUACGAGGAGGAAGUCAAAGAAGAGAGUUUCUAUUCGGAUUACGAGGAUAACAUAACAGUCGAGCAGAUAAGAGCAAACGUUGAGGAGGUGGAGAAGUUUUCAGAGGAGGACCUGAAUGAUUUUCUAGAUGAGAAGGAGAUAGAGUUAAGGGAGGAAUCCGGGAAAAAGAGAUCGAAAAAGAAAGAUAUCCGAAUCAAGAAGAGAAGUAGGGUCAAACCGAGUUCAGAGGAGCAGGAGCCCCUCAAGUCGUCCAUAAGGAAACCCGUGGACCUGGACCCGGAGAAGAUCAGGAUAAUAACUCUGAACCCCGAGGAGCAGAUAAAGGCCAAAGAGCUAGAAACCACAAAGAACCUCAAGAUGCCGUACCACUGCCAUCUGUGUUUCAAGGGCUUCAACUUCGAAGUGAAACUGAAGAACCACAUGGAGAAACACAGCCCGUCCCGGGGCACGUUUGAGUGCGCCGUGUGUCACAUGUACCUGCCGACCUCGUACAGCCACAGCGUCCACACGCUCAUACACACGCGCAGGUACGAGUGCGUGCAGUGCGGGAUACGGAUGAUAGACAAGAAUAGCAUCGUUCAUCAUUACCGGUCUAAACACGAAGGACUGUCUUCGGUCUUCACGUGCACCAUUUGCGGGAAGAUUUCCAAUAACAGCAAGACGCACCGCGGCCACCUGAGGAACCACCACGGCGGCUCGCGGCCCGAGUGCGAGCAGUGCGGGAAGACCUUCAUAAACAACGACUCGCUGGCGGAGCACCUGCUUAUACACAAGGGCGUUAAGAACUACGAGUGCGAGCUGUGCGGCGCGCGCUUCCGGACCAGGAACCAGGUCAAGUACCACGAGCUGAAGCACUCCUCCACCAGGGACUACUACUGCGUCGAGUGCGAUAGCAGGUUCAAAUCUCCGUACAGCCUCAAGCAGCACUUAACCAAGAGUUUAAAGCACAGAGACUUGGACAGCCUCAAACACAGAUGUGGCGCGUGCGACAAGCGGUUCAGCACGGCGGGCGCGCUGGCCACGCACCGCGCCGUGCGGCACGAGGGCGCGCGCCCCCACGCCUGCGCGGAGUGCGGCGCCGCCCUCGCCUCCGCCUCCUCGCUGCACAAGCACGUGCGCGCCGUGCACCGCGGGGACCGGCCCCCCGCCGUGCACGUGUGCCACACCUGCGGGAAGGCCUUCAGGAGUUCAAGUGUACUGACGAACCACGUGCGGACGCACACUGGAGAGAAGCCCUUCUCGUGCGAAGUGUGCUCGCGACGGUUCUCCCAGCGGACGGCCAUGAGGACUCAUCUGAGACUGGUUCACUUGUCGAGGAGUUGAACGGUCCCCCCGUAAAUAAAAGAGAAAUAAAAA